AUGCAAAAACAACAACGACCAUACCGCUCCCACAAAUUCCCCGCGUGUGAACGCUGUCGCCGAUUUAAGCGUCGAUGUACCGGUGGAACUCCAGACCAACCCUGUGUGCUCUGCAACCUACAGGAAGUUCCUUGUAUAAUAUCUAGUAGCCCUAAAUCGUCCUCUAGGUCCCGCCGUGGAGUGAAGCAUGACCAGCGACGUCCCCAAACAUCACGAAUUGCGCCCUCCGCUCCCAUUGAUAAAGUACCUUCACCGGCUCCGGCCGAUGGAGAAGUUGGCCAAGAACAUAUCGGGCGUGACUAUCAUGGCUCUCCAGGCCAAGAUCAUUCUAAGGUCGAACUAUCCAUGUUUGCCAGUCCUGUCCUCUCCGAAGACAUAAAAAUCUUGGAGCGAUACAUGUCUUCUAAAACCAGUUCGCUUUCUACUGGAGAAAGAAGUGGGUCCUCGGAUACUCCGAUGGUGUACCUUAAAGCUCCCCGGCGGAGAGAAGGCCUGUCGAUGGCAGCGAAUCCGGGGAAGCGACAGAAAGAGAUAGUGAUGCAAGUCAUUCAACCGUAUACCGAUGAGCUGGUCCGAUUGUAUUUCGAGGAGAUCCACCCGGCGUUCCCUCUCCUUGAUGAGCAACUAUUCAUGGAGCUGUAUAAAGCCGGCGACAAGCUGUCACCAGUCCUAGUCUGCUAUUUCUUUUCCGUGUCCUUAGUUCUUUGGCAUCAUUCGCCUAUGCUCAGGCAAUUUCCGAAGCCGGACGUGUAUUUUAUAUGGAACCUGGCUGUAGAGGCUUUGCAACAGGACUUUCUAGCGCCUGCGUUGUCAACCAUGUACUCGGUUUUAUUGGACAUGGGUGGGCGACCUAUCUAUUCCAUGCUUGUGAACACCAUCAACAACGGCCGGGCAGUUACCCUAGCUCAGACUCUAGGGCUAAAUCGUGACCCGACCAAUUGGAGACGGCCCAAAAGCGAAAAGUCGUUGCGCAUUCGUCUCUGGUGGGCAGUCGUCAUCCACGACCGCUGGUCAAGUUUUGCCCAUGGCAUCAGUCCCACCAUAACCAAAUCUAGAUACGACGUGCCCAUCCCUAUGCUGGAGGACAUAAUCACAGAUUCAAACCAAUCAGACACGCGCAUCAAAGCUGCAAACUCAUUCAUCCACCUUUGCACCCUCACUGAAAUCCUGGGAGAAGUCCUACCACUAGUCUAUGACUUAAAUCCCAACCCAAAAGAGACCUGGAAGCAGAUCCGCCGUCUCGAAACAGACCUAGACGAAUGGGAGGAUCGUCUACCGAACUACCUCCACCGAAACAAUAACGAGAACACCAGAGUAUCUGGAUCGAGCAGUCUACAACUAAGCUACCUUGCCGUCCGAUUACUGCUGAACCGAAUUUCUCUACAUCAGCCCUAUCAACAGACAGCGACCGUCUCCAAACAACACGCUACCACCUCUCCCAACUCCGCAAAUCCGCCCAAGAAAUCGUAA